CUCCUACAAAAUGAAUGUAACACUCACUUCAGACAAUCAUUAACAGUAGCAUGGUGAGGGUGAACCCUUGGUUACUUAUCCUUGCCAUUAAUUUGGUAGCUGGACCAAAACGAGCAUGGUCUAUAGCGCCUCAAAACAAAUACUUGAACAAUAUCAGUUUUGACGACGUUCUGUUGAAGGUCGAGAACCUACAGUUCCAAAAACCCACUCCUUCCGACCGUUCCAUUCUCUGUGCGGUCGAGGAACUCGCUCAACACCAUGAAUUGCCUCAAUUCUACGCAGGGUUAUCGCCCAAAGAGACUGUUUCCAGAGCCUUCAGCGUGGAUGGACUGGCCAGAAAGAUCCUAAGAUUAAGUCAAAGAAACAUCGCCGGUCUGGCCGAUUCAGCAAGGUCCAUCGAUGCUGCCCAAUCAAUGGAACUGGUCCAAUCUUGGUUAUUGGACAAUUUGGACGAAUGUGAGACGGCCUUAUUAGCACUAGUUGUGGAUAGACCCGAAUGGGGUUGGAGAAUGGCGGAUGCGACUGGAAAAUUGGGAGGCUCUGGUUUUUUCGACGGCAACUUGAAUGCCUUGGGAACCUACGACGAGUGUCUGCCCAUUCACGUGAUGAGCAAUCUGGAUGAUAUUGUUGGAACCAAUGUCCCCCAUGGGCGAUUCGACGGCGCAUAUUUUCUUGGGCGACUCAAGAUUAGUUCGACAAUCAAACCUCCCUCUAAUGAUUCGGAACUCGCUCUCGGUUGGGAGGAGGAGGAGGAGGAGGAGGAGUUCUAUUCACACUACGAGGACGUUCUCAACCCUGCCGUGGUUUUAAAGCGUUUACAAAGCUCCAAUCAGAACAAAAAAGACGCAGUUGUAUUGGAAUCCCCCUACCACGAGGACUAUGGUAUUGAUUGGUCCCUACUGGGCAAUCCCGAACCAAUUGUUCAAGAUAUCAUCCUGGGAACACUGUUUCAAAGGCCACAUUUGGGGAUUUGUCUUCCGUCCGUUUGCAAGGUAGAGGUGGUAGAAGUAGUCUUGGAAGAAAUCAUUCAAGAGGUCUUGGCAUUCCUGGUUCAAAACGACACCAUUGACUAUCCGUUUGCUUACGACAUCGGGAGCUACUAUUACACCGAAGAAAAAAAACAAGGGUUUACGGGUGGAGAUCUGGCUUGCAUUGUCAUCAUUCUGUUGUUUGGCUUGUUGGUGAUAGUUGGAACUUGCACGGAAAUUUUCGGAUACAGGGACGAAAAGGUCAAUAACUAUAAAAGUACACCAGUGAAGGUGUUGCUUUGCUUCUCUUUGUACACCAACGGAAGUAAGCUCUUCAAUACGGACCGCACUAAACAGAACAUCGAGUGCAUCAAUGGGCUCCGCGUGUUUUCCAUGGUGUGGGUUAUUCUCGGACACACGUACUGGGUUGGAGGGGCCAUCCCUUGGCAAAAUCCAUUCGGCGUGGGUGAUAUUUUCUUCGAUUGGUACAUGAAUGUGGUAUUCGAAGGUCUUUUUGCUGUGGACACGUUCUUUACUUUGGGAGGAUUUCUCAUGUCGUUUCUUACAUUGAAAGAGUUGGAUAAGCGCAAUGGGAAACUCAAUAUCCUCUUCGUUUAUCUCCACCGAUAUUGCAGAUUGACACCCUUGUACGGUAUCGUGAUUCUUUUUGUGAGUACUCUCUUGGUCCACAUGGGACAAGGACCAUUUUGGAUGUACAUGCAUGAGGAAAGUGACAAAUGUGCUGAGAACUGGUGGACAAAUAUCUUGUACAUCAAUAACUUCGUGGCACAAGAUAGGAUUUGCCUCGAAGUCUCUUGGUAUUUGGCAGUCGACUUCCAAGUAUUUCUCAUUGGUCCCCCGCUCGUGUGGAUUAUGUGGCAUUAUCGACGAAUUGGAUGGACAGUCGCCGGAGUUGCACUCGCUGUCUCAUGCGCGGUGCCGGGAAUUUUAACCGGUAUUAGAGACUGGCCGCCGUCCAUAACAUUUACCAUCAUGAGCUUGGACUGGAUGGAUAAGUUCUAUGUGCGACCUUACAACCGAGCCGCGCCCUACAUAUGGGGCGUUAUCUUUGGUUACAUUAUGCACCACUUGCCCAAAAAAUACCAUAGACGCGAGGGUGAAAAGAUUCAUUGGUACUACAUCUUGGCUGGUUGGCUCAUAUCAGCUCUGAUCUGCUUAUCGUGCAUUUUCGGCCUGACCGAAAAAUGGUUGGUGAACUUUUCAUGCAUUUUAUCGGAGAAAUGUUUUUCCACCACCGAGGCUGUAUUCUUCGCCGCGUUUUCUCGUUUAGCCUGGGCAAUCGGAAUUUCUUGGGUGAUCUUUGCUUGUCAGACGGGAUAUGCAGGAUUCAUUGGACAUGUCCUGGGCUAUCCAUUAUGGAAUCCGUUGAGUCGAAUGACGUACGAGUGUUAUCUAAUUCAUCUGCCCAUGAUUUAUGCAUUCCAUAAGUCAAGAAAGAGUGUCAUGUACUUUGACAAAUUCUUCAUGUUCUACGUCUUUAUGGGUCACUUGAUCGUGAGUGUGAUUCUGUCCGUGUUCCUUACCUUAAUGUUUGAAUCCCCCUUCAUCGGCCUUGAAAAGCUCUUGUUCAGUGGGCCUCAAAAGAAACGGGCAGAGUUCAAGAGACAGCAAUCUCAGAUACAGGAACAAAUUGAUGCGCAAAAGAUUGAGAGUGAAAAUGGCGAAGCGAAUGAAGCAUUUGAGGAUGACAACGUCAGAGCCUCUGAAUGCUCAUCUUCCUCUGGAGACCGAGAAGAUCCUGAUGCCAUCGUUGUGACUAAUGCAUCUCACUAAUUUAAUGCUUUAGCCCUUGCAUACGAAUACACAUAAAUUCACAACAGCCUGGA